CGGUGUUGCUUAACAACCGUUAAUACAACUCGAGCUCGAGCGCACAACGAAUUUGGAAAUCUCGGCAGCGGCGACUCGACGAGCAGCGCGCAUUCGUGAAAGUGCGUCGUUGUAGUUGGCGUUGUGCGUGUGCGUGUGCGUGAGCGUGAUCAACUUGGAGCCGCGCACUCAGUCGACUGCAUUUACGAAAUACUAGAGUUGCCACAUCGUUUGCGCACAUGAAAGUACAUAGAGCAUAAAUCCAUAACAACAACGUAAACAUAAACAGCAACAGCACAGAACASCCCAGGGWAAAGGACAAGAAAAUAGCAGCGAUUCAAUCCAGACUUCAAAUGAAAACAUUAGUGCUCAGUCCGGACGAUCUGCAGAACUUUAACAAGUUCAUUUACGAUCCGAAAUCAGCAGCUCAGUUGGCAGCCAGUGCGGGCGCCAUUGCAGCAGCCGCCCAUGGACAUCCAGGAGGCGUGCAGCUAGUGGCAGGCGGCAGCGCGGUGCCCGUCACCACGAUGAGCACUGUGGGGGGCGGCGGCACAGGCGCCGGCGCGGGCUCAGUGAAUAAUACCAACAAGCUAAUGGCAUUGCACUACUAUCUGAAUCAUCAGGGCAACUAUGUGGGCACAGCGCAGCCGGCGGGCAACAACAACGCAGCCGCAGCUCAUGCGCAGCAGCAACAGCUGCUCGCACAGUCGCAGACACAGCUGAAGCAACUGCAGCUGAAACAGCCGACCAUACACCAGCACCAGCAGCACAUCAGCUAUCAUCAUCACCAUCCCUACUACCAGCAGCACCAACAGCAGCCGCAGCAGCAACAGCAACAGACGCAGCUGAGCCACAGCCAUCACGGGCAACACAAGGUGCAGGUGCAGGUGCAGCAGCAGCAGCAGCAGCAACAGCAGGUGCAACAAAGUCAACAGAAUCAUUUGCCUGUGCAUGCGCUCAAUCAGAACUCAAAUUUCUCGGCGGCCAGUUCCAGCACAGGAGGCACUGCGUCCAGCCAUGCGCCCACACAGCAAUCGAACGGCUCCAGCGUCUCACCCACAAUCAUCAGCCAUCAGCCACGCGGCGCAGUAGCAAUAGCCGGUGGCAGCAACAGCAAUAUCGCUGCCGCGGCAAAUGCGCUGCUGCGUGCCACAGCUGCGGCCAGUGUGCCGGGCUCCUCAUCAGUGUCAGCAUCAGCGAUAGCGUCUUCGUCGUCAGGUUCAUCCUCGUCAUCCUCUUCAACGUCGUCGUCCGCCUCGUCAACAUCCGCGUCCGGCUCCGCCAACUGUGCCAAGAAACUGAAAACAGAGCCGCUCCUCUCGCAAUACAAUCAAACGGAGCGUCUCAACUUUGCCAACACGUACAUCGUGUGGAGCGAGGAGCAUUGGCGCCGUGUGAUCUUCCAUGAUGAGCGACGCUUUAAUUUGGAUGGCCCCGAUGGUUUCUCCUACUAUUUUCACGAUCUGCGCAACUAUGAGCGCACGCUGUCGCAGCGGCCGCGUGGCAACUCCGUCUACAUCUACCUGAUGAUCUGCGUCGGUGGCCCUAUCCAUCUGGAAGUCUCGUCCGCCAAGCAGCGGCCCGAAUCCUGCAUCGAGGCCAUCUUACGGGAGCGCCCCAAUAUUAUCAGCAAACUGGGCGGCAAUACAGAGUUUGUGCUGCAAGAUCACAAUUGGAUGUCGCAUGCUCUGCCCACCGCACAGGAGCUGCUCAAUGGUGAGGGCUUGAAGACCCAAAAGUGGCCYACAAUUGCCCACGAUUUGAACAUCAUGGAGAACAUUUGGGGCUGGCUGAUACGCGAGGUGUUUGACGGCGGUCGAAAGUUCUCGCGCAAGGACGACCUCAUUUUCCGCAUCAAG